UUUUAAUUUUGGGUAAAGAGCUUUAAAAGGGCUCGGUUGGGCAUAGUGGGAUAUCGGUUUUGAGUGGCGCAGUGUAGCGGUCAGAUUGAAUCCAAGGUUUAUGGCCAAAAUGUUUGUGGCGUUGUAUGUUCUGGCUGUAUGGCAGACUACAAAUGCAAAUAUCUGCAAUCCAGCAAAAGAAGAUUUGGAUUACCAAAUAACGUCGCAAGAUUUUCCGUGUUCGAAAAAUACAGGAGUGAUAUGGAAGCUGGGAGAAAAUACAAUACAAUGUGGAUAUACCACAAACGUUUGUACAAAUAUGUCCCCGACGAACUUCGGAGCAAACUUCAAUGUUACAGGCAAAGUAACAUGCAAGACCAGUUUUUUUUAUACCAAACGUUACCGGUUUGGAUAUGGAAGGAGGUCUUUCUUUAACGAUGAAAACGGAUAAAAGCGAUUUAAAUGAAAUCAUUCUGCUAACCUGCCUUUUCACAGUAAUUGAAAAACUCCGUGAUAUCAACUGCACCCAUGUAUUCAGAGACGACGGCCUGCAUAUAACGUGCAGUACCGUUAGACGUUACAGGGCAAUAAAUCGAUUAAUGGGUUUAAAACUGAUUAGUAAGACUACUUUUAAAUCAGAUAAGUUAGCCGCUUGCGAGAAGUUAGAAAUUCCUAAAUGUGAACAUUUCAUAUCCCAAGAAAUACUUGGAAUAGGCAACAAAUCAAUAAAAUCCAUCAUUUAUCCCUAUAUUACCGACCACGAAAUAGUUGAAAUUUUUGGUGACAGCAGAGUACUGGACACUAUCAAAGUUGAUUAUCCUAAAAUUGGAUUUGAGGAAGGCUGUGAUGACGGUCAAACAAACAAAAAUUGCACUGUAAGGCGACUUGACAACAGCGGUAUAAAAACUACCAUCAGAUGUUUUGUAAAUGGGAAAUUGGUGAACGAAACAGAUGCGAGGAGCUUAACUAUUUCCUUAAACGCAGAAGUUAUAUUAGCCGUUAAUUGCUACUCAAACAACAGUUUUGGAUGGAAUUCAACUUUGCCUACAUUAUAUUUUAAUAUUAAAGAAAGCAAGACAGAUCAAAACGUCUUCAAAAUUAUAACCUACGUUUCAGCACCUACUGUUAUUAUUUUAAUAACUGUAAUAAUCUAUCUUGGUUGUUUCAAUAGAUAUAACAGACUGAAUUAUUAUGUAGAAUAACUAUACUGUAAUUGACAUGAAGUUGCGUGAAUGUAGAGUACCUGGCCAACGGAAGUAAGUGUGAGCGAUUCGUCAUGUAUUUACAUGCUUUUUUGUGAGAUCGUUGACUGACUUAAGGAGGGAGAAAGUUGUGUAUAAAAGGUGAAGCGCAAGGUGAACGAGUGUACUUGCCUGUGACUGUGUAGUAGGAUGUCACCACGUUAUUUUGCUUCUUGAUUGUACUAUAAUUACUCAAGCGUGGUAAUAACAUGCCUGUAUGAUAAGGAAGGCUUUCACUAAAUAGGAUAUAAUUAUUUAAUUUAUGAAUUGAAUUGAGUCUUGAGUAUUUCAACUAUGUGUUAUGAAUUUGAAAUUAAGUCCUGUACCAGAUUAGUUUGGUAACUUAUUUUACCCAAUUGGUGUAGUCUUGUUUAUACUACAGUUACUGGGUAAUUGAAAUGGUUUUUUUCCUAUUUGAAUAUAUAUUGAUGUAUUAAAUAUUACACAUAAUGCAUGUGCAUUUUAAGUUUUUGUUCAAAACACUGACACAUUUUAAUUAUCAGGUUUAAAUCAUAAAUUGAUUUUGUUAAGGUUUGUGUAUGAACAAGCUGAUUGUAAUGUGUGCAACUGUAUAUUAAAAUUUCAGAACAUUUUACGCACUUUGAAUUGAACUAAACAUAUUUUCAUAAUUUUUUCAAUUUAUAUUCUAGAAAUUCUUUAGUAAGUGAUAUAGUCACUACAUACUGUUGCAUUUUUCUGCACGAUAACU